AUGGCGCCUUCCUCCGAAUACAUCACGAUCAAGCUUCCCGAGUUAUUCGUCGGCUUCCUCGCCGACGAGCCUGUCCUACAUCCUCGGUUGGAGGAAAUAUGCCGAGAGAGCGAUGAGGCCGUGUUCCCAUACGACGACCUGUUCGACAAUGGCUACCUGAGAGCUGAUCUCGACAAUGCGAAGGCCAAGAUGGUCGCACUUUUCGCAGGCACAAAUGACAGUAUUGCCCACAGAGCACAGCACGACGUGUGCGAUCUCGUCGAGUUUCACAAUGACAUCUGGAGACGACUACAGGCUACCGCACCUUCUGGCGUACAGAAGCGUUUCUUGAAGACUCUGCGAGACUUCUGCAACGCCGUGCUAGACCAAGUCGGCAACUGUAGCACAGAUCGAAUUCCGACCAUCGAGGAAAUCUUAGCCACCAGAAGACAAUCUGCAGGAGUCGCGCCGCUCUUUCCAUUGUUCGAAUUCGCCAACUUACUUCAUCUUCCGGACACUUUCUUUGAGGCCUCAGCAACCAUCGAGAUGCAGAACGCGGCCAUGGACGCCGCACUUCUACAAAACGACAUGCUCUCAUACCAAAAAGAAGAGUCUGAAGGCGUACCGCACAACGUCGUCGCGGUGAGUCGCAUGCGAGGCAUGUCGGCACAGGCAGCGUUCGACUACGUUGGCCAAAUGCUCGAGGAGCGUCUGGAACUCAUGGCGAGCUGCAUCGAUCGAUUGCCGGAGUACGACGACGCCAGAAUCACCAGAGAAAUCAGUUGCUACGUUGAAGGGGUCAAGAACACGAUCAAAGCCAAUCUCUACUGGAGCUUUACCAGUAAGCGAUACUUCGGCGAGGGCCAAGAGUUGGUGAAGAAGACACGACAGCUGAAAGUCAUGCGCCACCCACCCUUCAUGAGUCCGCAGAUGAUGUCGGAGGAGGCAUCUGGUAUGCGACGAGCAUAA